AUGGCUUCUGUGAAAGAUUCGUCGACAAACCAAUUGAGUCUGUCAUCUACAUUCAUCACCAAGAUUUGACCUGAUAUCCUUCCAUUAUUACGUUCCGUCGUGAAUUCCCUAUAAAUUCGCGCCUUGUUCUGCAAUUUAAAACCAUUAUAAAAAUUUCUCUUCGCAGACCAUGGAGCCGUGUCGAAGAUUCACAACAUCCCAUGUUAUUCGGACAAUCCCAGCAAUUCUUAUAUUGGGAAUACUGAGUUUACGAGUCGCGGAAUGUAGAGUUAAGGUUUCGUCCACCUUGCAUUACUCGGCAAUAAAUUGUCGAAAGCACAGCGCGGUUUUGACGGAAUUUGGAGCGGUCGGCGAUGGAAAAACAUCAAACACCAAGGCUUUCAAGGCCGCAAUUGAUAGCCUCAGCAAGUAUGCAUCAGAUGGUGGGUCGCAGCUGAUUGUACCUCCCGGAAAAUGGUUAACUGGGAGCUUUAAUCUCACCAGCCACUUCACUCUUUUUCUCCAGAAGGAUGCUGUCAUUCUUGCAUCUCAGGAUAUGGAGUCAGAAUGGCCUCUUCUUCCUGUAUUACCUUCUUACGGGAGGGGAAGGGAUGCAGCUGAUGGACGGUUCAGCAGUCUCAUAUUUGGUACAAAUCUCACCGACGUCGUAAUCACCGGUAACAAUGGCACGAUUGAUGGGCAAGGUGCAUUUUGGUGGGAAAAGUUUCGCAAUGAUGAGUUGAAAGUGACCCGGCCAUACAUGAUCGAGCUUAUGUACUCUAAUCAAAUCCAGAUAUCUAAUCUUACACUAAUCAACUCUCCUUCGUGGUUUGUCCAUCCGGUGUACAGCAGUAAUGUAUUAAUCCAAGGGCUGACAAUCCUUGCGCCAGUUGACUCUCCUAACACUGAUGGAAUAGACCCAGAUUCGUGCACAAACACUCGUAUUGAGGAUUGCUUCAUAGUCUCAGGGGAUGAUUGCAUUGCUGUGAAAAGUGGUUGGGAUGAAUAUGGAAUCAAAUUUGGAAUGCCCACAAAGCACCUAAUCAUCAGAAGGCUUACAUGCAUUUCCCCUGACAGUGCUACCGUUGCUCUAGGCAGUGAAAUGUCUGGUGGAAUUCAAGACGUUAGAGCUGAAGACAUCACAGCCAUUGAUACGGAAUCAGGUGUCAGGAUCAAGACUGCCAUCGGAAGAGGAGCUUUUGUGAAAGACAUAUAUGCUAGAAGAAUGACCUUCAAGACAAUGAAGUAUGUUUUUUGGAUGACAGGCGCUUAUAGUCAACACCCUGACGGUGGAUUCGAUCCAAAUGCCAUUCCACAUAUUCAAGGAAUUAAUUAUAGAGACGUGGUGGCAGAGAAUGUUACUUAUGCAGCAAGACUUGAUGGAAUCGCGAAUGAUCCUUUUACAGGAAUAUGCAUUUCUAAUGCAACUAUUACAUUGACUGUGAAGCCAAAGAAAUUGCAAUGGAACUGUACUAAUAUUGUGGGAGUGACAGGCAAUGUGACUCCUCAGCCAUGUAGUUUGUUGUCUGAGAAAGAAGGUGUUGAUUGUCCCUUCCCCGAGGAUCGGCUGCCCAUCGAUGAUAUUCAGUUGAAGACUUGUUUUGCUACCACUCAUACCCUCUUGUGAGAUCGCAAUUAACCAUGUAUUUGGAAAAAUUUAUGUUUGAAAUAUGUUUUUUUUUUUUUGAUAAAAUUGGACAAAAUGAAGGGAGUUUUCUCAACCUCUGUUAUUCUUUUUGCUAUAUAUCUUCCUUUCUGUUACAA